UGAGAGGAUGGGAGGGGGGGAGGCGGGUCUCAGAUGUCUGCAGAGCAUGCAGUGGGGACGGCAAUGAUAACUAGCAUUUACUCCACAUGAUCGGGAAAGUCCUCCGUGGAGCCCUUCCCGCGGGUGUGUGCUCCCUGCUGACUCCGGAGCAGGAAACCGAGGCAGCAGGAGGCUCGCACAGCUGGUCAGCGUUGUGGUCACGUUUGCAUUCGGGUCUUCUGCACUCCCGAGACCCAGCGGGGUCCGGGGCUGCUGCGGACGGCGGACAGUCCUGUCUCUCCUCCCGGGGCGGGGCCGGGAGGCUCUUUCCCCUCCCCUGGAGCCCCCAGGGCUGCCCCGCCUGCCGCUCGGGGGCGAUGACGGAGGGAGGGAGGCCCCGCGGUGCCCGAGGGCAGCUUGGCGCUCGCGGGGCGGAGCUCGGGCUCCCGGAGUCCUCCGUGAACUUCCCUCGGUCCAGGCUCGGCGGUGCUGACUGGGACCCGCAGCGAGGAGAAGCGCCCCGGGAGGGGCCCAGAAGGGGAAGUGGAGGCCCCGGAGAGACGCCUCGGAGGAAGAAGGGAGAAGGGGGGGCCGGGCCCAGACCCUGUGGGCUCGAGGCUGAGAAGGGUGGCGAUGACCCACCCCCCGUGCCAAGCUCAUCCAGGCCGGUGCUCGGAGAUCUUCGCAGGGGAGGAGACACUGCAGAUGGGAAGGAGGGAGAAGGGCCGUCCCAAGCAGGGAGCACGGCCAGUGCAAAGGCGUCGCGUCCGGAGACCAAUUUUUCGGUCAUAGGUGGAGGAGCCCCAGGCAGCACUGUGGGAAGCAGGGAGACCGGAGGGGGGGGGGGGGAAGACCUCUUGCGGCCGCGGAAGAGGGGAGAGCCGGAAGCAGUGGGGGGCGGCCGUUGUCUCCUGCUCCCCCGUCCACGCCCUCAAGAGGCCCCGAGAAUGGCUACGACAGGGGGUCAGUGAGGAGGCGGGGCCUCCCCCAGCCCGGGUCACGUGGCUCUCCCUCCUUUGCUGCGGGACUGGCCAGGGGAGGGCCACUUGCUGCUGCCCGGGGACCCCCCUCAGGGCCUGGCCUCGGACAGGCGGAGCCCGGCGCCCCUUCCCACCUGGUUCAGCCUAUGGUUGGCGGCUGCGACGCCCUCAUUUCCGCCCCUCCCCCCCCAGCGAUCCGGACCGGGAGUGCCGGGAGGGGCGUCGGACCGCUGAGGGAGGCCGGAGCCAGGCCCGAGCCGGCACAGUGGCCUUGGAGCAGUCACCGCCGAGGGCUGCCAUGGCCGAAGGCGGCACGUGCAGGCUGGCCCGGUACCUGGACGAGCUCACCGAGCACGAACUCAAGAAGUUCAAGCUGACCGUGCGCGAGGCGGGGCCCCCGGGCUGGCUGCCCUGGGGCCGGAUGGAGCCGGCCGACCGGCCGGACCUGGCCGCGCUCUUGGUCAGCCACCUCGGAGCCGCGGGCGCCUGGCGGGCGGCCCUGAGCGCCCUGGACACCCUGGGCCUGAGGCAGCUGCGGGAGAGGGCCGCGAAGGAGCCCCCACCCCCCGAUGCCGCUGAGGCCGGCGGGCCAGACUGCGCAGCACCCAGGGAGGAGGCCUCUGGGCCCGAGGGAGAGCCAGGUCACCGCGAGAAGUACCGUGAGCGCGUGAGGAGGCGCUUCCAGGCCCUGGAGGAGAGGAACGCCCGCCUGGGGGAGUGGGUCCCCCUGAGCCGGCGCUACACCCCGCUGCUGCUGCGGAGCGGCCACGCCGGGGCCGGGCGCCGGGAGCAGGAGCUGCGGGCCUCCGGGGGGCUGCACGGGCGCCUCCGGGAGGAGCGCGGCCGCCCCCUCGAGCUGGCCGAGCUCUUCGACGCCGACGCGGGGGAGGGGGGCGGCGCCCCGACCACCGUGGUGCUGCUGGGGGUGGCGGGCAUCGGCAAGACCACGCUGGCCCGGAAGGUGCUGCUGGACUGGGCGUCGGGCGCGCUCUACCCCGGCCGCUUCCACUACGCCCUCUACGUGCGCUGCGGCGCGCUGGACGGGGCGGCGCCCCGGAGCGUGGCCGAGCUGCUGGCCGACUGGCUGGAGGGCACCGCGCCCGGCUCGGGGCCCGCCCCCGUGGCCACCCUGCUGGCUCGGCCGGCGCGCCUCCUCUUCGUCCUGGACGGCUUCGACGAGCUGCUGGGGGGCCGCGGGGGGCCCGGGGGGCGGGCCGCGGGGGCGGGGCGGCCGGCCUGCGAGCACCUGAGGGAGCUGCUGGCCAAGAGGCUGCUGCCCGAGGCCUCCCUGCUGGUGACCACCCGGCCGCUGGCGCUGGAGCCGCUGCAGGCCCUGCUGGAGCAGCCGCGCGUGGCCGAGGUCCUGGGCUUCGGGGUGGCCCAGAGGGAGGCCUAUUUCCACAAGUACUUCCCGGAGCCCGGCCAGGCCGGCCGCGCCUGGGCCGCCGUGCAGGCCAACGAGGUCCUCUUCACCAUGUGCUUCGUGCCCCUGGUGUGCUGGGUCCUGUGCACGGGGCUGCGGCAGCAGCUGGACAGCGGCGAGGCGCCCGCCCCCACGGCGCGCACCGCCACGGCCGUCUACACCGCCUUCGUGGGCAGCCUCCUGCGGCCCGGGCCGGCCCGGAGCCCGGCGGCCGGCCUGCGGGGCCUGUGCGCCCUGGCCGCGGCCGGCCUGCGCCAGGGCCGCCUGUGGUUCCGGGAGCCCGAGCUGAGGCGCCACGGGCUGGACGCGGCCACCGUGUCCGCCUUCCUCCACGUGGAGCAGCUGCAGCGCGAGGCGGAGCGCGAGGCGACCUACAGCUUCUUCCACGCCACGUUCCAGGAGUUCUUCGCCGCCCUGGCGCUGCUGCUGGAGCGGCGGCCGCCCUGGCCGCUGGGCCGCGCCCCGCUGGGCCGCCUGCUCCGGGGCUCCGAGGCGCCGCCGCCCCUGGCCGUGCGCUUCCUCUUCGGCCUCUCGAGCCCCGAGCGCGCCGGCGCCCUGGAGCGCCUGCUGGGGGGCCCCGUGGCCCGCGGCAGCCGGCGCGCCCUGCUCCGCUGGGUCCGGGCGCAGGCGGCGCGGCGGCCCGGGAGGGCGCGGACGCUGGGGCUGCUGUACUGCCUGUUCGAGGCGCAGGAGCCCGAGUUCGUGCGGAGCGCCAUGGCGAGCUUCCGGGAGGUCAGGGUGAGGGUCCGCACGCGGAUGGACGGCCUGGUGGUGGCCUUCUGCCUGCGCGGCGGCCCGAGCCCCGGCGCGCUCGAGCUCGACGGCCUGGGCUGCGGAGCGGCGGGCCUGGGCCUCCCGGGCGCCGGGACGUGCUCGCUGGACGACGUGUGCCGGGAGAUCUCCUCGGGGCUCUGGGUCCGCCGGAGCCUGUCCGAGCUGGGGCUGGGGGAGGACGCCCUGGGCGACGCGGGCAUGCGCUGGCUCUGCCGCGCCCUGGAGCAGCCCGGCUGGCCGCUGCACUCGCUCACGUUGCUCAACUGCUGGCUCACGUCCGAGUUCGCCGCGAGCCUCUCCUGUGCGCUCGCGCUCGGCGGGGGCCGGAGCCUGACGCGGCUGGAUCUGAGCUACAAUCCGCUGGAGGACCCGGGAGCGGCCUCGCUGUGCCGGGCGCUGCAGCAGCGGGGCUGCGGCCUCCGGAGUCUCUGUCUGAAGAAGUGCCACCUCACGGAGGAGGCCUGCGAGGGUCUCGGCUCUGUGCUGGCCGGCAGCCGGAGCCUGCAGUGGCUGGACCUGAGUUUCAACGUGCUGGGAGACCGCGGCGUGGGGCUGCUGUGCGCGGGGCUGCGCCAGGCCGGCUGCCCGCUGCGCACGCUCAGGUUGAGAAACUGCAGCCUGACGGGCCGGAGCUGCCCGGAGCUGGCCGCGGUGCUGAGCUCGGGCUCGCGCCUGCUGGAUCUGCGGCUGCGGAACAACGCCCUGGGCGACGCCGGGCUCGGGCUGCUGUGCCGAGGCCUCGGGGCCCCGCGGUGUAGACUGAGGAAGCUCGAACUGGCGAACUGCCGCCUCGGCCCGGCCUGCGGCCCCUGCAUCUCCUCCGUGCUGGGCGCCCCCAGCAGCCUGCAGUUCCUCUGCCUCAGCGGCAACGCCUUGGGAGAUGCGGGCGUCCGGGAGCUGUGCGAGGGCCUGCGGCGGCCCGGCUGUGCGCUGCGCGAGCUCAAGGUCCAGAUGUGCGGGCUCACGGGGCGGGACUUCGAGGCCCUGGCCCGGGUGCUCAGUGACUGCCCCGGCCUGAGGCUUUUGGACCUCAGUGACAGCUCCCCCGGCGAGGAGGGCGCGAGGUGGCUCUGCUGGGGCCUGAAGCAGCCUGGCUGUCGGCUGCGGAGCCUCAGGUGGGUGUGGGGCGGGGCGGGGCGGGGCGGGGCGGGGCGGGACCCUCCCCUCCCCUCCCCUCCCCCCCCCCUCCCCCUCCCGUCCCCAGACCACUCUGGAGCCUUGAUCUGCAGGUUGUUCCGGUCUGGGCUGAGCGAGGCGGCCAAGACUGAGCUGGCUGCGGUGGCCCGGGCCAAGCACGGCCUAGAGAUCUCCUACCAGAGCUCGGCCUGCAUCGGCUUACAGGGCUUGGAGCCCUGAGCGCCUGUGGCUCCCUGAUGCCCGCAGGGUCCAGUGGCCGUGACCCGGAGCUCCUGCUUCUGUGGCCCCUUCCCAGGCCGCCCCUAUUAAACCUGCCUGCCGGCAGCUCCGGU